AUGUGUGGAGACCAGAAGACUACAGCCAGUCUCAAUGUUAAGGCCCAACCUGUUACAUUCAAACAAAAGCUGGGGAAUCAGGAGGCUGAAGAGGGGGGCAGUGUUACCCUGCACUGUGAGCUCUCUAAAUCUGGGGUCCCUGUGGAAUGGAGGAAGGGAACACAGGUGCUGAAGUCUGGAGAAAAAUACCAGAUUAAGCAGAAAGAAUCUGUGAGUGAACUCCUGAUCAGCAAAGUAGUACCAGAGGACAGUGGAGACUACAGCUGUAUGUGUGGAGACCAGAAGACUACAGCCAGUCUCAAGAUUAAGGGAGGGGGCAGUGUUACCCUGCACUGUGAGCUUUCUAAACCUGGGGUUCCUGUGGAAUGGAGGAAGGGAACACAGGUGCUGAAGUCUGGAGAAAAGUACCAGAUGAAACAGAAAGAAUCUGUGAGUGAACUCAUGAUCAGCAAAGUAGUACCAGAGGACAGUGGAGACUACAGCUGUAUGUGUGGAGACCAGAAGACUACAGCCAGUCUCAAUGUUAAGGCCCAACCUGUUACAUUCAAACAAAAGCUGGGGAAUCAGGAGGCUGAAGAGGGGGGCAGUGUUACCCUGCACUGUGAGCUCUCUAAAUCUGGGGUCCCUGUGGAAUGGAGGAAGGGAACACAGGUGCUGAAGUCUGGAGAAAAGUACCAGAUGAAACAGAAAGAAUCUGUGCGUGAGCUCCUGAUCAGCAAAGUAGUACCAGAGGACAGUGGAGACUACAGCUGUAUGUGUGGAGACUUGAAGACUACAGCCAGUCUCAAGAUUAAGGCUCUGAAGCCUUCAGCUCCUCCAGUAACUCCCAAACAGGAAGAGCCACAGAAGGAGGAGGCCAAAAAGGAAGAAGAUCCAAAGCCACCAUCUCCUGUAGUCAUCCCAGAACAGGAGACCAAAAAGCAAGAAGUUCUAAAGGCUGCUCCUCCUGUUGUCCCCAAAGAAGAGGCCUGUGAAGCUGAAGUCAAAGACUGUGGUGGAAGCCCAUG